AUGGUAGAUACACGUAGGACACAGCCGGCUAAUAAUAAUAGUAACCCAAACCAACCUCAAGAGCCCCUGGACAAUGAAGCGUUCCUAAGGGACCUAAGGACAUUGGUAGUCCAAAUCAGUCAGCAAGUUCAGAGACAUGAGCAACAGUUGAAUGAAAUGAGACAGGAUGAGGAGCCCGUCCAAGAAAAUGGGCAUAUCAAUGCUGAUGAAUCAAGUAGACAUCGUUCCGAAGAAGGUCACCACACUGUUAUGGAGACUGGGGAUAGUAGUCGGCAUGAACAGAAGAAGGAGCAACCUAUUAGUGAUGUAUGGAGGAAUUUCAAUAGGUGUGAUCCGCCAACAUUUAAUGGCACCUUUAAUUCGUCUAAGAGUGAGGCUUGGAUCGAUCACUUGGAAACUAUCUUCACCUUGGUCCUAUACACCUCACAUCAAAGGGUGCAAGUGGCAAUUAUACAACUUGUUGAUGCUGCUAAGAGAUGCCCUCCAAUCACUGAAGGAGACAGAGUUCUAUGCUUUCAACAAGAUGACAUGGAUGUGGAUGCUUUCAUUGCUAAAUUUCUAGAGUUGAUUAAGUAUACUGCUUAUGGACAAUCUGAAAAGAAUAGCAAAGGGAUCCCAGGGCCGUUUCUCUUCCUUUAUGAGGAGCCUAGUAGUGGGAUUGGCAAGAGAAGUGGGUUCAAUCCAGGAAGCUCUAGCAAGAAGAGCCGCUUCCAGAACAGACAGUCACAGAGGCCCCCACUUCCAAGGGGUAAUACUAGUGGGAGCCAGUCAUCAUUUAAAGGCUCUACUGCUUCUGCACCUAGCACUGCAUGUUCUCCAACAUGUUCCAAGUGUGGCAAGCAUCAUCAGGGCAAGUGUUGGACUUGCUUUACUUGUGGCAAGGUGGGACAUAUAUCUUGCCAUUGCACUAAAAACAAACAGAGUGCACCAGAGACCCGAUCUACUAUUCCCUGCCGUGUGUUUGCGUUGACUCAAGAGGAGGCCGAUGCGUCUCCCAACCUUAUUAGAGGUAUAAUUUCUCUCCAAGGUCACAAUAUACAUGCAUUAUUUGACUCUGGUGCUACACAUUCUUUUAUUGCCUUUGAAUGUGCUAAGCGAUUGAACUUGCAUGUUUAUGAUUUGCCUUUUGAUAUGAAUGUUUCGACACCUGCUGGAUCUUCUGUAAAAACUUCAAAUGCAUGCUUGAAUCUUGUGUUGGAGUUUGAGAGUCACAAGACAAAGAUUGACUUGAUUUGUUUGCCCCUUAAGGGUCUUGAUGUGAUUGUGGGUAUGGAUUGGCUAAUAGCUAAUAGUGCCACGCUUGAUUGUAAAGCAAAAACUGUUUCUUUGCCUGUGUAUUGCAUGCCUAUUGAGGUGCCUAGUGGCCCUCCUCUGUUAUCAGUUGUUCAAGUUGACAGUUAUAUAAAGCAAGGAUGUCAGGCCUUUAUGGUCUUCUUUUCUGUGCAAGCUGAGAUAGAAGAAGAGAUUGAUGAAAUUGAGAUUGUGAAUGAGUUUCCUGAGGUAUUUCCUAAGGAAGUGUCAGGAUUACCCCCUGAGCGGGAAGUAGAGUUUUCUAUUGAUUUGCCUCUUGGGACAGAGCCUAUCUCUAAGGCUCCCUAUCGAAUGGCUCCUGCUGAAUUGGCAGAACUAAAGAAGCAACUUGAAGAAUUACUUGAGAAAGGAUUCAUCAGACCAAGUGUGUUGCUAUGGGGAUCACCGGUGCUAUUUGUGAAGAAAAAGGAUGGAACCUUGCGGUUAUGUAUUGAUUAUCGACAAUUAAACAAAGUCACCAUCAAGAAUAAAUACCCACUACCAAGAAUUGAUGAUUUGUUAGAUCAAUUGGUGGGGUCAGCAGUAUUCUCUAAGAUUGACUUAAGGUCGGGAUACCAUCAAUUAGGAGUUAAAGCAGAAGAUGUUCCUAAGACUGCUUUUCGUACUCGAUACGGUCACUAUGAGUUUUUUGUGAUGCCAUUUGGCUUAACUAAUGCUCCAGCUGCAUUCAUGGACUAUAUGAACAGGAUCUUCAGACCCUAUUUGGAUAAGUUUGUGGUAUUGAGAGAGCACAAGCUUUAUGCUAAAUUGAGCAAGUGCGAGUUUUGGCUCAAGGAAGUGAAGUUUUUGGGGCAUGUUGUUUCAGCUAAAGGGGUUGUAGUAGACCCUACAAAAGUUGAUGCAGUUCUUAAGUAG